ACUAAGAGCCCUGUAUUUAAAAAGAUAGCAAUCAACUAGACUUUUUCAUCAUCGGCUUACAAACCCUAAAUCGAGGGUUUUCUCUUACAGGUGAGUUUGAAGGAGGAGAGAUUUUUGAGCCAUGAGUAAGCUUCAGAGUGAGGCCCUCAGAGAAGCCAUCUCUGUGAUUAAGAAUGAUUCAGCGGAGAAGAAAAGGAAGUUCAGCGAGACCAUUGAGCUCCAGAUUGGAUUGAAGAACUAUGAUCCCCAAAAGGACAAGCGUUUCAGUGGAUCCGUGAAGUUACCACACAUUCCUCGCCCUAAGAUGAAGAUCUGUAUGCUUGGAGAUGCUCAGCAUGUCGGAGAGGCAGAAAAGAUUGGUUUGGAGUACAUGGAUGUUGAAGGCUUGAAGAAGCUCAACAAGAACAAGAAACUGGUCAAGAAACUUGCAAAGAAAUACCAUGCUUUCUUGGCUUCAGAAUCUGUCAUCAAGCAGAUUCCCCGUUUGUUGGGGCCUGGUCUGAACAAGGCAGGUAAGUUUCCCACCCUUGUUUCCCACCAAGAGUCUCUUGAAUCCAAGGUUAAUGAGACCAAGGCCACUAUCAAGUUUCAAUUGAAAAAGGUGCUCUGCAUGGGUGUUGCUGUUGGAAACAUGGAUAUGGAGGAGAAGCAGAUCUUCCAGAAUGUGCAAAUGAGUGUCAACUUUCUUGUUUCAUUGCUGAAGAAGAAUUGGCAAAAUGUUAGGUGCUUGUACUUGAAGAGCACCAUGGGAAAAACACAACGUAUCUUUUAAGAAGAUUUCUGUUUCUGUUGUUGGAAAUUUUUCAGGCUUUCUUGUUGUGAGCUGUAGACACUCUUUGAAAAUUUUGGGUAGUUGUUAUUUUUGUUAUCUUGUUUUGAAUAUCUAUAAAACUUUUAGGGAUAUUUUUGCUUUCUCUUCGUUAAUGAUGUUUUCACUGAUCCCAGUAACAAUCCGAGAUGCCAAUUGUAGUACAUUACUUUAUUCUGUAGUUUUGGACAGUGAAACAUAAAA